AUGUGAUAUUUGUAUUAUGCACUACCUUCUGAAUUAGCAAUGAUCAGAGAGGAUUGAUGUAUAAAUAAUAGAAACUAGCAAGCAGGGGCGGACUGACAACUCAUGGAGCCCCGGGCAAUAGGGGAUCAUGGGGCCCCUGUGUCCUUGCUCAAACUCAAAAAAGCCUAUGAAAAAGGUACUAGGGGCAUCUCAUGGAGCCCCCUACUGACCCUGGGCCCUCGGGCAGUGCCCGCGUUUCCAAAUGGUCAGUCCGCCCCUGCAUACAAG